AUGGUUUAUAUACAGGGUUAUUCGGUGAGGGGGUGCGGGGACGUAUUACGGUGGGUGGUGUUGGGUUUAUGGUUCUGUUGUAUGGGGCGGAUGAAGCGAAGAGGAUCAGAAGCGAAGAGGACGAAUGGUAAGGAGGAUGACGAGAAGAGGAUGAAAGAGAAGAGGAUGAAGCGAGAAGCGCACGCGGCGGCAAGACGACGCAGCGGCAGACAGACGAAGAGGAUGAAGCGACGAGGAUGA